AUGGACAAGCCGGUACGCGACUCGACCUUGGGUCUUGAGGGACCGAUUCUUCCCAACGAGAAAGAUGCUUCACACCUCGACACCGACAAUAGCCGUGCUCCUCCUGGACCGCAUGUCCCCAUCUACAACCCCGUCGAGCUCGCCUCCGAGACUGAUCUGUCUUUGGGCAGCAUCUUGAAAGGGACUGCGGCGAAACCACUUACCAACUUCGAAAAGAAGGCUGCACUGAUCAAUGCCGAGUUGGACAAGUUCGGAUUAGGAAGGUAUCAAUUAUGCAUAUGGUUUCUGUGCGGCUUCGGAUACUUCCUCGACCUCGCCUGGUCGCAGGGCGUUGGCUUGAUUGCUACCGCGGUGUAUCAAGAGAUGAAUGUGCCCGACAAUCAGACCGGUACCAUCUGGUCAUGUGCAAAUGCUGGUCUGGCCAUUGGCGCUUUGGCCUGGGGAAUCUUGGUUGAUAUCAUCGGAAGACGGUGGGCCUUCAAUCUCACCUGCCUGAUAACCUCUAUCUUCGGGCUCUUGCUUGCUGCCCCAAAGUUUAACUACGGCGCAAUUUGCGGGAUCUACUUCCUGGCUUCUCUGGGUCUUGGAGGUAACAUUCCCAUUGACGCGACCAUCGCCCUCGAAUUCCUCCCCCAAAACCGCCGAAACCUCGUCUCCCUCCUGUCAAUGUGGCAACCCAUUGGUGUUGUGGCGGCUUCUGGCAUUGCAUACGGAACAGCUGCUAAGUGGCGAUGCGAUCCUACUCUUCCCUCUUGCCAUGCGGUUGCCAACGGCGAGGCAUGCUGCACGGUCUCCUCGAACAUGGGUUGGCGCUACGAGGUCAUUGUGCUUGGCUGCAUGACUUUGCUCGUCUUCUUCCUUCGAUACUUCGUCUUCCAUUUCCACGAGUCGCCAAAGUUCCUCUUGAGCCGAGGCAAGGAAGCAGAGGCCAUUGAAGUACUUCACAAGAUAGCCAAAUUCAACGGUGCGACGCCUCCAACUUUGACCAUGGAGUAUUUCCAUGCCAUCGACGAGGCGGCUUCCCAAAAUUCUGCUGCCAAAACUACUGCAGCAAUGAACAGGAAUGUCCUCAAGAACUUCGUAGCUAGCUUCAAACACUUGAAGGGACUAUUCCUCAACAGACUGCAGCUCUUCAUCUGGAUUCUUUUGGCGAUCGCUUAUAUGGGUGACUACUGGUCCUUCAACUUGGCAGGAUCAUUCCUUCCGAUCAUUCUCCUGCGAAACAAUGUCAGCAGCGGUCAGGGUACUGUUACAGACACGUACCGGCAAUAUGUCUACAUCUACCUCCCAGGUAUUCUAGGCGCCAUCGUUGCGUUGAUAUCUGUGCAAUUGCCUUUGGUUGGAAGAAAGUGGUCACUGGUCUUUUCCGCCAUCUGUCAGGGUCUCGCUAUGGCGAUGUACACGCAAGUCCAAACAACCGCUGGUUAUGUUGGUCUUAAUGCGUUUGAAUACGUCAUGCAAACGUACUUCAAUGCAGUUCUCUAUGCCUCGGCCCCCGAGCUCUUCGACACGACGUACCGUGGUAGCGCUACCGGCAUGCUUUCAUGUCUUGGAAGGUUGGCUGGCAUUGCGGCGCCAUUCGCCGGAGAACACUACUUAGGUGAGAAGAGCGCAGGUAUAUUGUGGCUCGGUGCCGGUGGCAUCUGGCUUGCGGCAUUCACCAUGGUAUUCCUGCCCGUCGAGAUGAAGAACAGGCAAAUGUUUUGA